AUGUUUCUUCGUCUUUGUUUCGUCGUUUGUUUAGCUUUGGCCGUUGUAAAUGGUCGUGUUGUGAAACCAAAACCAUUUCUUACACAGAGGUUUAUUGAUAAAAUUAACGCGGCACAAACAACAUGGAAAGCAUCACCACCAAAAUUUAUGUCAUGGUCAUUAGAAUCUGUUAGACGAUUAAUGGGUGUUCGUCCAGAAUAUUUUGAACAACAUAAAUUACUUACACCAAUUGAACAUAAAGUACCAAAUGAUUUACCAGACAAUUUUGAUGCUCGUGAUCAAUGGCCAAAUUGUCCAACAAUCAAAGAAGUUCGUGAUCAAGGAAGUUGUGGAAGUUGCUGGGCCUUUGGUGCUGUUGAAGCUAUGUCUGACCGUGUUUGUAUUGUUUCAAGCGGAGCUAAAAAUGCUCAUAUUUCAGCUGAAGAUCUUCUUUCAUGUUGUGAUGAAUGUGGUUUCGGAUGUGACGGUGGUUUCCCACAAUCUGCUUGGUCAUAUUACAAAAGUAACGGUUUAGUUACUGGUGGUAACUACAAUUCAAAAGAAGGUUGUGAACCAUAUACAAUUCCAGCAUGCGAUCACCAUGUCAAUGGAAGUUUACCUCCAUGCCAAGGUGAACAACCAACACCACCUUGUAAAACAAAAUGUAUUGAUGGCUAUCCAACUCCAUAUUCUAAAGACAAACAUUAUGGUAGCAGUGUUUAUUCAGUUCGUUCAGAUCCAAAACAAAUUCAAGCUGAACUCUUCAAAAAUGGACCAGUAGAAGCUGCUUUUACCGUCUAUGCUGAUUUUCUUACAUAUAAAUCUGGUGUUUACAAACACACAUCUGGCUCAGUUCUCGGUGGACAUGCUGUCAAAAUCCUUGGUUGGGGUGUAGAAAACUCAGUACCAUACUGGCUUGUUGCUAACUCAUGGAAUGAAGAUUGGGGAGAUAAAGGAUUCUUUAAAAUGCUCCGUGGUAAAAAUGAAUGCGGCAUUGAAGAUGGUAUUGUUGCUGGUGCUCCAAAACUCUAA